AGUGGGUAUUUGGUGCUCCGUCCAAACAGGUCCUUCCUUCCGGUGCACGUCCAUGCUGAACAGCUGAUGACAGUCUGCCGAACGGCCGUGGCACAUUUUCGCCUGUUUGUCCAAGAAUAAAGCUCAACAUGACUAAAGAGGAAGUCCAGGGGGCGACGGAGGAGGAGCAGCAGGCCCAGUCCAAGAAAGCUCUGAAGAAACAGCAGAAGGAAGCAGAGAAAGCUGCGAAGAAGGCGGAGAAACAGGCCAAGCUGGCCGCUGAACAACAAAGCACAGAGGAAGAUGACUUCGCCAAGGAUCGUUACGGCGUGUCGGCGAUGGUCCAAUCUCAACAGAAACUGGACAGGGUGUUGGUGAAGGUCCAGGACCUGACCCCGGACAAAGCCGACCAGCUGAUCUGGCUGCGUGCCCGAGUCCACACCAGCAGAGCUAAAGGGAAGCAGUGCUUCUUGGUCCUGCGUCAACAGCAGUUCAACGUGCAGGCUCUCGUCGCAGUGGGAGAUCGUGCCAGCAAGCAGAUGGUCAAGUUUGCCGCAAACAUCAACAAGGAGAGCAUCGUAGACGUGGAGGCGGUGGUGAGGAAAGUGGAGCAGAAGAUCGAGAGCUGCUCCCAGCAGGACGUGGAGCUGCACAUGGAGAGGAUUUUCGUCAUCAGCCAAGCAGAGCCUCGUCUGCCCCUGCAGCUGGAGGACGCCGUCCGGCCCGAUGGAGAAGGGGAAGAGGAAGGCAGAGCCACAGUCAACCAGGACACCAAACUGGACAACAGGGUCAUCGAUCUCAGGACCACCACCAGCCAGGCCGUGUUCCGCCUGCAGUCUGGAGUGUGCCAGCUCUUCAGAGACACCCUCAUCAACAAGGGCUUCGUGGAGAUCCAGACCCCUAAAAUCAUAUCAGCUGCCAGUGAAGGUGGAGCCAACGUCUUCACGGUGUCCUACUUUAAAACCAGCGCCUACCUGGCCCAGUCUCCUCAGCUCUACAAGCAGAUGUGCAUCUGCGCUGACUUCGACAAGGUCUUCUGUGUCGGUCCAGUUUUCAGGGCGGAGGAUUCCAACACCCACCGUCACCUGACUGAGUUUGUGGGUCUGGAUAUUGAGAUGGCCUUCAACUACCACUACCAUGAGGUCAUCGACUCCAUCACCGACACCAUGGUGCAGAUCUUCAAGGGCCUGAGAGACAAUUUCCAGACUGAGAUCCAGACGGUCAAUAAACAGUAUCCCAGCGAGCCCUUCAAGUUCCUGGAGCCCACCCUGAGGCUGGAGUACACGGAGGGCGUGGCCAUGCUGCGAGAGGCCGGCGUGGAGAUGGGUGACGAGGAUGACCUCAGGUUCAGAGCACCGAACCCUGGGACCGCUGCGGGCCGCCUCGUUAGGGAAAAGUAUGACACAGAUUUCUAUGUGUUGGACAAAUACCCUCUGGCUGUUCGACCCUUCUACACGAUGCCUGAUCCCAACAACCCUAAAUAUUCCAACUCUUACGACAUGUUCAUGAGGGGGGAGGAGAUCCUGUCUGGAGCUCAGAGAAUCCACGACGCUCAGCUUCUGACUGAACGAGCUCAGCAUCACCAGAUCGAUCUGGAGAAGAUCAAGGCCUACAUUGACUCCUUCCGUUAUGGCGCCCCCCCCCACGGCGGCGGAGGGCCUCGGUAA